AUGAAUGCGCCGCCCUCGAGUCAACCUGUACUGGGCGACGAAGAGGACACACUAUCAACACCAGACGACAAUGCCGCACGCAGAAAACCUCGAAACAAUGCAGCCACGGGCGCUUCAGCUGCCGGUGUUCGUGCCCUCAGCGCUCAGCUAGUUGCCUUUUACUUUAGGGUACCCGUAAAGGCCUUUUUCCGCACUCGGGUUGAUUACAUGGCAUUUGCUAGAGCGGUUUAUCCCAACCCCUCUGAAGGAAGCCGCUGGUCAUUAAAUACUACCACACCCGGCCUUUUGAUCCAUGCCGUUCGUACAUAUGGUUGA